GCUGUACAACAACUGAACAUCGACUGUAUUUCUGAACUUAGCAGGACCUUCUGAACACUGUGCGUCCGGCUUUCAGAUCCUCCGUGAACUUCGCGAGCAUAUUGAAUCGACCAAUAAAUAGCAUGGAGUCACGAGGCAGCAUGAUCCGGAAGCCGCGAGCGUAUUGAGCGGGUUGACGAUGUCCAGCACUGGAUCAUUACAAAGUUCCCCUCUGAGGACAAAUCCGGGCUUCAACUGGGUGUUUCUUGUCGAGCUGGGAGUAUGCGGCAUCUUAACUCUCUUCUUCCUGUUCUACUUCAAUCGAGUCUUUGCAACCUUCGUAUCCUAUGGGCUUCGAGCAUGGUCAUGGCACGUACAUCGAGUCUACAUCGACAUCCAGGCGCUGCAAAUAUCUCUGUUAGGAGGACGGGUAUUCUUCAAGGGUCUCAGAUAUCACGGCAAUAAUGAGACAAUUUUGAUCCAGAGUGGAUUUGUGACGUGGAGGUACUGGCUGAGGAAUGUGAAGGAGCUGGAUGUGGGACGAGAUCAGGAUCCUGGACCCAAGCGAGUCUCUUCAGAUGUGGACGAGGUCCGGAGGGGGUAUCAAUCUAGGGACCAUGAUGCUGAGAAGCAAGCCAGGAAAAGAGACCCUGCGAAGCUUCCAUGUCGUCUCAACGUCACAUUGAGGGGAGUGGAAUGGUUUGUUUACAACAGGAGUGCUGCCUAUGAUGCGAUAGUUGCCGGUCUCACCAAGGAUGACCAUGCAGAUGCUGGUCCAGUCCCUGAAAAUACCUCUCCUGCAGCUGGUGAUCAUGAUGGAAAGCCACGGAGACGCCGAAAGCACGAUACUGAGAAAUCAGAUGCCUCGUCAGAAGGUUCUGUUGACCUUGAAAAGGAUAUCUCUCCAGUAACGGAAAAGAGUACAAUCACAACUGAAGGGGGUAGGCUUCGGGAGGCCUCAACAAUGUCCCAAGCGGAUGGCAGCGAAGGAAGUGAUGCAUUAGGUACGGGCUCAGAGAGUGCCUUCAUCCUCCGCUUCCUUCCCGUUCAAGUUACCUGUGAAAAGGCAGCUGUUGUGCUCGGUAACGAGAAUACCAAAAGCGUCUUGAUAACGAAAGUUGACAGCGCUGUUGGUGAGAUCGAUGCAACAAAGUCAGCGACUUCACUGGAUCAGUACAGGCAGCUGUUUACCUUUGAAUUUGAACAUCCCGUUAUCCAGAUGAAGCCAAACGAUGAUUAUAAGGAAGAUCAAACGACUGCUGCAUCUCGUAUCAAAAGUGGUGAGGUUGAUCAACCAGAUGCUCAUCGUAACCACAGCCAUCCAUUUAUUCAUCGUCAGCGUAAAAGGGUUUGGCAUAGACUGCAAGAUCUUAUUCCCGCCUUUCGAAGCUCGGUAGAAUCCUUAUCAUCCAGCUUGAACGGCCCUGGAUCAUCUUCGCAGGCAGUUCCAGGAUCUGACAACUGGCAAGGGCUUUCUAGAUAUCUUGACGAUAGUCAACAAGAUGAUAGAGCCAAAUGGUCAUCUAUCGAAUACGCCACGGUUUCUACAAUCGCCGAUUGCCCGAAGGCUAGUAUGUGCUUUUACUGGGACGUUGUAGGCACCGUUCAAGAUCGAGCAUGUCCCAAACGGUCAAAGCAGCAUGCAAACAUCAAUGGAGAUAAUCCUCCAGAAUGGGGCAUAAAUUUGUCUUUGACGAAAGCCAUCAUUAACUACGGACCUUGGGCAGACCGGCAACGUGCUGAUAUUCAACGAGUAUUUUUCCCAAGUCUUUGUAAGGACACCACACCAAGCAAAGCUCUCGUUCCUGGCCAGUUCAGAGUGCCUGUGGAAUUCAAACUGUACAUUGAGUUUGACGAAGAGACCGUUCUUCGUGUUCCCAUUAGGGAGGAGUCCAAAAACUGGAAAUGGACGAAACAGGCAGACACCAUGGGCACAGCGCCCAGUGACCAGAAAAGGGCCGGUAGAAAUACUCGGAAGAACAAGACGGACAAAGGAAACCCAGGGCCGGAAGUUCGUCCAUUUGGCUGGCUCGAUGUUAAGGUUGGCGCAAAUGCAACCGUUGGCUAUGUCAUGGAUAUGGUUGCAGGGCAUUCUGGUUUCUCGAACAAACUCUCAUUGGACCUCCCGGACCUUGAAAUAACCACGAGCGUCAAUCAUGGGAUGCUAUGGAGAUCUGUAGACAAUCACGUCGUUUGCGAUCUCUCAAAUCCUCUGGAGUGGAACUUUCAUCGCACCUGGAAAUUCGAUGUGAAGAGCAGCGCAUUGGAGCUCUUCAUAUUACGAGAGCACAUCUUUUUGCUCACAGAUCUGGUGGAUGACUGGGCUAGCGGACCACCACCGGAAUAUUUGACUUUCACACCUUUUCAGUACAUGGUCAACCUUCAACUUGCCGACUUCAGGAUAUAUCUCAACGUCAAUGAUUCGAAUAUCAUCAACAAUCCGUCAGACUUCGAUGACAACACGUUCAUCAUCAUUUUUGGCUCCACCUUGGACGCUGAUAUAUGCAUUCCGCUCGAGAAUUAUCGACCACAUCUCAACGAUAUUCCCUUCAAGGUCAGCGCCCGAAAUGGCGGACUGAACCUGAACGUCCCGCCAUGGAACACUCAAGCAACGUUCUUGAACUCUAAUGAGAUAGCUACUUUGAAAGAGUUGGAGAUUGAUGGAAAAUAUCAGUACAAUGCCACCACUUCAACAAGCAACACCGAUACACUAUUGCUCAAUGUGUACGGGCUUGGCGCAACUGCCCAAUUCUAUGGAUUUGUUAUUCGGUAUUACUUGAAGGUCAAAGAUAACUACUUUGGAGACGAUAUACGAUUCAGAACUCUCGAGGAGUAUCAGGAUCUGCUCCGUGCAAUCCAGAGCGGCGAGGGCGACGCUUCACCCCAACCUCCUCACAAGAAGUCGAAUGACCUCGAUGUCAUAUUGAGUGUGAGUGCAGAUGAAUCAAGCGUGAUUCUACCUUCGAAUUUGUAUUCGUCGAACAAUCAUAUCCGCAUCGAGAUCGCAACGCUUGCAGCUGACUUACGGUUCACCAACUAUUACAUGGAUCUAGAGGUUGUGUUGAGCACUCUGGCAUUCUCGCAGGGUAGUGAUGAUGAUGGCACAACGACGCCGAUCAGUGCUACCUCCAGCACUCAACUAUUCAUAGAUGGAGUUAAUGUCUAUGGCAACAGACUCUUUGGCCUGCCGCCUACGGAGCCAACUUAUGUUUGCAAUUGGGACUUCGCUAUUGGUGCUGUGACCGGUGAAUGUACUUCGGAAUUCUUCACUCGACUGGUUGCCGGAGGAAAAGCUUUCGCAUUUUCUUUUGACGACGAGGAAAAUGCAUUGCCUUCUAUAUCCGAGCUCAUUCUGCACGAUGUCACAUUCCUUCGAGCAUCAAUUGAGACUGUGCGAGUAUGGCUGCAUGUAGAUGAAGCGGCUUUCCUUUUUGCCACUGAAACCAUUUCAGUAAAUUUUAACGAUUGGGCUGGCUCACACUAUUCCAAGAAACUCAAACUUGAAAUUCCCGGUCUCCAAUUCGGUUGUGUAGACGCAGAAUCUGCAUCAAGACAUAGAUCGAGAACCCAACAUCCGGUCGAGACGCAUGCCCUGGUUCAGACGACAAUAUCAUUUUCAAUGAUACAGAGGAAGCUGGAAUUUGCGAAAGAUCGACAGCUUCAACAGGAGCAUAUCAAACGCCACGACCAACGAACACACCGAACAGAUUUUCUCUUGCAUCACCAUCUGCUUGAUGAUUCAAUGCUAUUUCCUGUUGACCCGCCUGCUAUGAGUGUUCCCCCCAUGCCUUUACCCGUCACCGAGGAUGAUGAAGCAUCUUUCGAGGAGAACUCCAUGAGCUCCUCCAAGAAGUCUUCGCUGCAACAAUCCAAAUCACGUUUGGGUCGCAAAAGCUCAUUUUUAUCUUUGACAGGCUCCAGUCAGAAGAGUGCUACCAGUAUUCUUCGGUCUCGACGUGGCCCAAACGCCAGCGAGAUGAAACCUCCCGGAUCACGUUCACGGAGCCUGCACGCCAGUGCCGGUCCGGGGCGUCGUACACCUGUACGAGAUGUCUCAGUAUCUACUGGCAGGCAAUCUUCCUUCUACAGUGCUCUUGGGGACCAUCGCGGCAUGCCUCCUUCGAGUGUCACUUUUUCAAGCUCGUAUGCCGCCCCGUAUUUCCCUCUAGAAGGAGUUGAACCAGACACCAAGGACCUCCCGACUUCUCGUGAUAGCACAAACGACAACGAUCCUCAACUUGGAUUGGAUGACAUUCACCCAGAUAGAGUAGAUGGGAAGUCAGCACAUGUUACUUUUAUGCUUGAGCUGCCAACCGGCAUUCAAGGUGUGCUCAAUCCAAAAGCUGCCACCGCCGUUGUUAGCCUUAUGUCCGCUCUUGCACCAGUCGAGCCUGUCGACCUUUUAGAUCAACUUCAAAGCGAGUCAAUAUCUGGAACGAUAGAUUUGCAGAAGCAGAAGAUGCCAGAAAGCAAUUUGGUUGACUUUGGCCUAUAUGCGCCAGCCAUCAAUUUGCGCUUUAUGAACUCUAUGGGGCCCCAGAGCUCCAAUCAGGAGAUGAAUGAUCAGUAUGACCUUUCCAUGUCUGGCCUUACAGUGUCGUCCCGAUCGCAAACUACGAUCGCGGAUAAAGGAUCUUCGGAUAGUGUUCAGAAGUCUUCGACUGUCCAUUUGUCUCUUGCCUCUGCGGGGAUUUCAGCCAAGGAGAGACUUAACAACCUCGAUGAUCCGCAGGCGGCUGUCAAUGCUAUCAUGGAAGAUGCCGUGUUGUGGGUUGUAUCGAAUGAAGCAACACGCGUUAAUAUUGCUUUCAAAGGUUUCGAAUUCGCCACAGCCAGCUCCAAGAUUGAGUACCUGGCUUCCAUACUGCACCGAACCAAAGUGCUCGGCCUUGACCUUGCUGAAUCUUUCUCCUCUCAAAGCAGGUUGCAGCGUAAUCGUGUCCAGCUCUUCAUGUAUCUCGUCGCUAUUGCCGGACAACAAGCAGCAGAUCCACUGUUCUUGACAAGACCGUCAUACGUAUUGCGGUCAGCUUCUGACCAUCUUCGGACAAGUGAUUCUUGGAAAAUUGUCACCCGCCUUCGGCACAUGUAUGCGAGCCUCGAUUCAGCGACACAACAAGAACUAGCUAUGCGCUGCCUUGGGAAUACAGAGCUAGUGCCUGAAGAUGCCCAAGAGCGUGUCCACGCUUGCUUUGACCAAUGGCGCAGCUGGGAUCUCGACAAUAUCAGCGGAUGCCUUGCAAUGGCAAACGUUUAUGGCUCUCCUGCUGUAGGGCUGCCAAAGUCGCAGGCAGUUCCUCUCAAGGUGUCGUUCCGAACAGAAGAUAUUCGAUUGGUGGUUGAUCCUGGUCCUAAACAGAACGAGGUGACUCUAUCAGACAUAGCAGCGCUUGUCGAAAUGAGGACGAUAGUCUCCUCUGCAGAUAUUGGCCCACAAGAAGAUCUGCAACUGAUUCAGAACACCGUCGUUCAGGUAUUCUGCUCCGAUGCAUCCAUUAAUCUCAACUGGGAAUUAUGUGAGCUUGCAGAGGAUAUUAUAAAGCUGUACAAUCAGAGCACCCCGAACCCUACGAAGCUUGCAUCUCCAGCAUCUGGAUCCGGUAAAGCUGUUACCGAGUUAAAGCAGGACCUGCAGAUCCUCGUCGCGACUGAAAAGGGCUCGAUUAUUAUCGACACAAUAAACAUCAGAGCUGCCAGUGUGAGCAAAGGUCUCAAGGCUUCCUUUAUUAUGGUUGAUCCAACGGAUGAAGCUGGCCAAAGUGUUGCUAGCUUGACACUUGCUGCGGAAGCUGUGACUUCGAAGAUAAAAAGUCACGCUCAGGAAUUGACCAUUCACCAGCUUCGUUUUCCAACCAUUUACGCAUCUUACGAGUCGGAAAUCGUUGUCGAGCCAUCCGCCAAGGUUGUGAAGUUUGCCGGAAAUUGUCAAGAUUUGACUUUCGUCGUUCGGCAAGACAUUCUUGCAUUGAUCGAUGUCCUAGAUCUCAUUGUCGGAGAUGAAGUUGCACAGCUACAUCAGUUGAGCAGAAAUAUCCCGUCCACGAAACAAGCUUCUUCGAAGUCAGAAACUCCAGUAAAAAGCCCAAACUCGACCACUCGAAUCCACGUCGCCCUGUUUCUUGACAAGUACCAGAUCACUGUGCCGUUGCUUCACUCUCUAACAUACAUUGUUUCCGGUGUCGUGGCUAGAGCCUCUCUCGCAGCACAAAUGGACUCUGAGAUUCUAUUCGAUUUUGAUGUGAAAGAACAUUCACAUGAUAUUCAAACCGCGCCUUCUGACAAGCCCAAGAGCAUAUCCCUCCUACGGAUGCCACCGACAAACGGUCGUAUCACGACCCAGAUGUCAGAGCGAGAAACUACCGUUUCAGUCAUGGCAUCCGUGGAGCCUAUUGAACUUGAUGCUGCUGCUGUCCAUAGCCUUUUGACAGCUCUCAACCGGCCAGAAAUAUCAAGCGUCAUAUCCGAUGUUCAAGAUGACAUAAAAGCGGUCCAGUCACACAUCGAGAAUAUCUUUGGUCCCAAGCAAAAACUGUUGAAAGAACCAACCGCAGCCAAAGGAAAAUCGCUUGUAUAUGAUGCACAUUUGACCCUGGCGGGAUUUGAUGUCUUUGCAAAUGCGCAAGGUGCCGACAAAGACCACAAAACUGCCAGGUUAGACUUGAAUCUAGGAUGUAUCCAAUUAGUUGUCGCAAAUCGCCUGGAACCAGCUGGUCCAAUUCUCGAAUUCCCGGAAUUGCGCAUGAAUUUGCGUGAGAUCAUGUUUGAGCUUUCGAGGUGGAACGGAAACGGGAUGGAGCCCUGCGGCAACCUAACUUUUGCUGCCUCCUUGAAUGCCACUUCAAAGACGAAUCACAUGGGCGACGAGGUCAGAUCUUUCCACCUUAAGAGCGAUGGAUUGCAAAUCAACCUUUUCGCAGACACAGCUUCGUCUGUCGUGGAUGUGAUAGGCCACCUGCAACACAAGAUCAAAGACAUAGACCUUACGAGAGAGAAGAACUACCUUCGCAAGCUGCGCAAGUCAAGACCUAAAAUUGCAAUCAGAGACGAGCAAGAACCUGUGGAAGAAAGUGCACCUGGCUCCAUGAUCAUGUUCGCCUCAAUGUAUUCAUUGGAGCUACUGAACAUACAGGUUAGCUGGUUAGUCGGCACUUACGAGACCACCCAGUCCCCCAAUGCAGAGAAGGAGAAUCUGGUCUUGUCACUAAAGCGGAUCGACCUUUCUACGAGGAAGGAAAAUUCAGCGAGACUCACAAUCGAAGACUUGCAGCUACAGCUGGUUCCGUCGUCACAAGACAAGACUCAUAGAUCUCUCAACUCAGCUUUGCUUCCAGAGGUCAUCUUCAACGUCGGAUAUGUUUCCACUGCGGAUGCUCGCCGGUUCGCCUUCCAAGCCGCCGGAAAGUCGUUGGAUCUGCGACUGACAUCUCAAUUCAUGAUACCUGCUUCGGAAGUGGGGAAGUCAAUAGGGUACGCAUCUGACAAAGUUCGUGCAGCAACUGCAUCGUGGACCACUAGUAGUCCCAUUCCCACAGAGACAACUCGACGGCAGCCAUUCUUUGGGAAGAAGCGUAUGGAAUCGCUGCUUGUUGAUGCAGAUUUUGCAGGAGCAGUUGUUUAUCUGUCCGGCAAAAAAGUUGCUGAAACUACCAACAUCAAUUCAGGCAUGAAGGGUGCCAGAGUCACCCAGACCGGAAGAUAUGGCCAGUUCACACACGCCGAUGCAAGCAGCAACACUGCAUUACGGGCACCCGGUCUAGCCUGGAAGGUUGAGUACAAAGAUAACGGCCUGGACGACCCUUCACUCAACGCAGAAGUCAAAGUGGAGGAGUCUACUAAUAUCUUGUAUCCAUCUGUUGUCCCGCUAAUCAUGGAGAUUUCCUCAACGGUCAGGGAGGUCGUCAGUGACGAUGAGGGGAAGAAGUCGCUGCAGCCAAAGUCGUCGCCUCAAAAAUUCAUGAGCGCAGAGGAAGACAAUAUUCUGACUACGGAUCCAACUGCAGUUCUUGGCCGAACAAGACUGAACCUUGGUCUUCGUAUCUGCAGACAAGAGUUCAGUCUCAGCUGUCAACCGAUUGCUCGCGUGGCAGCUACUGCUCGAUUUGACGACAUCUACAUCACUAUCAAUACUGUAAGAUCGACCGAGCAUGGUCACUUCUUUGCUGCCUCAGCUGCAUUUACUCGACUGCAAGCAUCAGUACAGCAUGUCUAUUCUCGUGAAUCAACAGGGAGCUUCGAUGUGGACUCGGUAUUUCUGUCUUUGAUGAACAGCAAACAUGUCAGCGGUACGAGUGGGGUUUCAGCGAUCCUAAAGAUCAGCCCGAUGAAAGUCUUGGUCAAUGCCAAACAAUUACAAGAUUUCCUGCUAUUCAGGGAAAUCUGGGUACCCCCUGAAGUACGAGAAGCAUCAUCUGGUUCAACAGCAGCAGCACAGAAUAUGCAAUCCCAAGCCUUGUUCGUCCAAAGAUACCAACAAGUUGCGGCCACUGGAGCCUUCCCAUGGAAUGCAACUGUGUCAAUCGCAGAACUCGACGUGCAGCUGGAUUUAGGUCAAGCCAUUGGAAAAUCGGCCUUUAUAAUUUCCAAUUUCUGGAUAUCAUCAAAAAAGAACUCCGAUUGGGAACAGAACUUAUGCCUCGGAUUCGACAAGGUUGGGGUUGACUGCACCGGUAGAAUGAGCGGAUUUGUAGCACUCCAGGACUUCAAGGUACGAACGUCAAUCCAAUGGCCCGCCCGCGAAAUGGCUCUUAACCAAACACCACUGGUACAAGGAUCCCUCGCAUUCAGUCAGUUGCGAGCCAAGGCAGCUUUUGAUUAUCAAGCUUUUUUGGUCGCCGAUAUUACAUCUUUCAAGUUUCUCAUGUACAAUGUUAGGAAUGGGCGCCACGCUAAGGGCGAUCGACUCGUGGCAGUACUGGAUGGAGAAGCAGUACAAGUCUUCUGUACUGCGACGACUGCGUCCCAGUUCCUCGCGCUUUUCCAGGCAUUCGAAAGAUUGGUUCAAGAGAAGAGGUCCAACUAUGAAGCAUCUCUCGCAGAGAUUGACAGGUUUAUGAAACGCAAGUCAGUGGCGCAUGCGACGACUCCCACUUCAAAGAAUCAUCUGGAUACAGUACAAGAAGACAAGGUUGCAGACUCACCAAUCUCACUUCACACCGAUGUGAUUGUUACCCUCAGAGCUGUAAAUAUGGGAGUCUUCCCGAACACAUUUUCGGGUCACCAAGUCUUCAAGCUUGAGGCCUUAGACGCUCAGGCUAGAUUUGCAGUCACAAUGGACAACGGAAAGAUCCACAGUAUUCUGGGCCUUACACUUGGCCAGCUGCGGAUUGGUCUGGCAGGAGUUCGAAAAGUUGACCUUCCCAAAUCCGUGGGCGAGAUUUCUGUCGAGGAUGUUGUCAGCAACGCAACUGGAUCUCGCGGCGGAACUAUCCUCAAGGUUCCCAAAGUAGAAGCCACCAUGCAAACUUGGCAAGUUCCUGGCUCCAAUCACAUCGACUACAUCUUCAAGAGUUCCUUCGAAGGCAAAGUCGAAGUUGGCUGGAACUAUUCGCGCAUCAGUUACAUUCGUAGCAUGUACGCCUCACAUUCCAAAGCCCUUGCACAGAGACUGGGGAAGCCACUACCACCUUCAGCAGUCAAGAUUACAGGAGUCCCGGACGAGGAAGAUCUGGAGAGGAAGGAUGGAGAACAACAGAAGAUUACGGCCGAGGUGAACGUGCCACAAUCAAAGUACAACUACACAGCGCUUGAGCCACCAAUCAUCGAGACACCUCAACUGCGGGACAUGGGAGAAGCCACACCACCAUUGGAAUGGAUUGGGCUUCACCGCGAUAGGCUACCAAAUCUGACGCAUCAGAUUGUGAUUGUAACAUUGUUAGAGCUAGCAUCAGAGGUGGAAGAUGCAUAUGGGAGGAUUCUGGGCUCUUCUUGAGCUGAGCGGUCAUAAAUGUGGUUGUAUAAUUUUUUAUUGGCUUGUUAGGCAUAGCGAGGAGUUUGGGAGAGCGGCAACAUGGAUUAUGGACACCGGCUUGGAUACGCCUUGGCAUUGCAUAUUGAAAGGGAGACCCAAUGCGGUCUCUGUCUGAUAGGGAAACU